GUAGAAUGAUUUGCGCAGUGUGUAUGGAAAUAUAUAUGUCGUUUGUAAAAAUUGUAUAAAAAUAUGUGGAAAAGAAUCGCAAAUAUUUAAAUUAUUUUGUUUAUUGGCAGUUUAAACGGUGCAUAUUUUUGUAGUUGCUAAUCAAUACAUAUCCCCAGCAAUAAAGUAGUGCAAGCUUUCAAAAUGACUGGUGUUGCGACAGCGAUGGAUUCUUUAACAGCGGCAUUGAGUUGCAACAUAAUUCCGAAUCAAGAAUAUCUUUUGCAAGGAUCUGUAUUGGAUGUGGCUGUUGAAGUCUUAUUGCAUAGAUUGCGUGGAUUAUGCGAUAAUGUUGAUAGUGGUCCAGAAACAUUUCAUGAUCAUGAGCUAUGCUUGAGUUUGCGAGUAGCAACUGGAGUUCCACUUUCUCUGAGAGUUCGGCGGGCACUAGAUGUACCUGACGCACCAUAUCAAUUACGAUACGUCGGUCAACCUGAAUUAGGUGACAAAAAUCGCCCAACAGUUGUUAGAUCAAGCAUUGAUGUUGCCUGUAGUAACACAGUUGUAGAUUUUCUAUGUGAACUAGGAUGUCGGGUUGAUUUUGAAUAUAUUGUGCGUGGUUAUAUGUUUCGAAAGGGUCGCAUGAAAGUGACUGUUUCGAAAAUAUUUAAAAUGACAACAAUUGCAAACAAACCGACAGAAAGUGUUGAACCAAUAUCACAAAGUUACUUAGUUGAACUAUCAGUGUUAGCACCGUCUGGUCAAGAUGCAAUUGCUGAAGAUAUGCGAUUAUUUGCCGAACAAUUGAGGCCUUUAGUUCAAUUAGAAAAAAUUGAUUACAAACGUUUAGCUCACGUGCCUUGACCUUUUGUUGAUGAUACUUUAGUACCGAAUUUCAAUACAAUCACAGAUCAAAAUUCUGUACACUCAAUGUUACAUUAAACGAUAAGUAACGUUUAAAAUAUCGUGUUACGAAUGUGAAUAUCGAAUGAGGAAAAGUAAUUAUAUAAACAUUUUUUUUUAAAUAAGACGUAAAAUAUUAUAUAGAGAAAUCAAUGUACAGAUGCCAUGGUCCAAACGUAAUGGUUUUUUUAUUUUUUAAAUAGGCAUAAAUAUUUAGAUUUCGUCUUAUUUUCAAAAAAUUAUCGUUACCUCAUGUUUAAACCUUAGGCCUUAUUAGUUAUUAAAAAAUUGUAUAACAUCCGGCUGUAACUCUAUACGUGCUUUUAUUACGACAAGCUGAAUCUGUUACCUCCAUCGGCAGAUUUUUAAGUUAUUGGCAAGACCGAAACUAAUGAAUAUAUGUUUUUUUUGUUAUUCAAUUAAGAAAAUAAUUUAAUCAUAUACAAAAAUGAUUUUUGUUAAUCAAAAAUACUAUGUACCGAAUCACUGCCCAAAAAUUGCUUUUUUGAGGUUGGUGGUUGCGAAUACAUAUAUCGACGAUAUUCGACAUUUAUUUCCGAUUGUUAAAAUUUGUAUCAAUUUCGAUAUUUUUUAAGAGCUGUGUUCCAUACAUACCUCGGAUGUAUCCGAGUACAGAAUGCUCCCAUCUCCGGGUCACGAGUUUUUUUUCGAAAGUUAUUCUUAUUUAUUUUGACAAUAGUUUUAGGUAAUCAGACCUUGGGAAAAAAUUAGGAUAUUUUAAAAUAUUUUUUACUCUAUACAUAUCGAUAUUGUUUAAAAAAAUCGACACUAUAUAUCGAGGUAUUUUUUUCAUUUAAUCUUCCCCAAUAUUAAUGACGAAUAGAUAGUUCAUUCAUUUAUUCGACAAUUAUCUUCUUAGAAUAACAAAAACCUUGAAUUUUCAUUAAAUGUCGGCAAGCUGCUAACGUAAACAUUUUCCGACCGUAAAGUAAAGCGAUGCAUAGUAUAAAAUUUUUUCGAAUAAUAAAUGGUCGAUCAAAAUGAAGAUACAAACACAUUUACAGCUAAUUGUCAGACUUUUUUAAUCACUAACUAGCCCCAGACGCCACAAAAGUUACUAUCCAACAUAGAGAAUACAACUCUGAAAAUAAAAGGUAAUUUUGAAUCAUAAACAAAAUUACCUUAAUCUUUUCUUUGGGUAGUGGCUUUUGGCUCAACUG